GGGAGGGAGAUUUACUCGGCCUGUCGGGGGCUCUUAAGUCACAUUUCUGCCCUCAGGAGCUGACCUCUUCCUCUCUGUCUGGAAAAUAACCUGAAAAAAACUGAAAUGGAAUAAUGGAAAACUGCCCUCUGGAAGAGUUGGAGCAACGCACCUCCUCCUCCUCCUCCCUCCUCCUCCUCGUCCCUCCUCCUCCCGCCGCUGCUGCAUCACAGACAGGAGAACAGAAGAGGAGAAGGGAGAGUGAAAGACGAUUUUUAAUUUGCUCCCGCGGAUCACAGUGAAAAGGAGGUUGAAGCUUUUGUGCCAAGAGGGAUGGCUGUGGUGGGACGGAGCAGAUUUAUGCAUCUAAUUGUACAGUUUGAACUGUUUUAGUUUUUUGUUUAAGGGGAAAGAGCGAGGAGGAGGAGGAGAAAGAAAGGGUGGGAGAGCAAGGAGUAGUGAGAUGAGCUGAAUACGGAGGACAGGAGUAAAGAGGAGCAGAGUUAAAGAAGAGGAAGCAGAAGAAUGGGAGUGUGACGGUUAUCAUUAAGCUAAAACCAGACAAUCCGGGGCGAGAGAUGACGAACUCCUCUGAUUACUCCUGGAUAAUUUACUGAUCACGCCUCUGUCACAGUAUGAGCACUCCAACACCCGGUGGCCCAAACACGGAGGUCAGGAUGGGAUCCCAGGAGAUGGCCAUGCUUAGCAACCUUUUGGCUGCUUACACAUUCAUUGCAGACCAACCUGAGAGGACAGCUCUGGUGUUCCUCGGCGGUGUGUGCGUCGGCCUCCUGGUCACACUGUGCGCCAUCGUCUUCCAGAUACACUGCCGAGCAGACUGCCACUAUGGCAACGGCAACGACCUUCAAAAUCGCCAAAGGGUCAGACAUCACCGUCGCCAGCACAUCUGUGCCCGCCCUCAUCCCACUGAUGGCAACACAGACAACUCUGCUGCUGUGGUUGUGGCCUCUGGAGCGACGCGGCACGCUGGCGACUGUGAGCCCGGCGACUGGGAUGACACGUCCGACCUGUCGGCACGGCGACGCAGGCGCUUCGAGAGAGCUCUGCUGAACGCCACCAUGUUCACAUCUUCUGAGGAGCUGGACCGAGCGCAGCGACUGGAGGAGCGAGAACGGGUUCUUCGAGAGAUCUGGAUGAACGGACAACCAGAUAUCAGCACAGUGACUCAAAGCCUCAACAGAUAUUACUGAUGGAAAACUAAGAAGAAAGAUUCAAGCUGGGGUAAAAAGAAAAAUAACAACAAUGUGCAAGUGGACAGAUGGGUGACAGGUGCAGGAAACUGAACAUUAAAAACCAUUUCCACUGCUGCAGUGAGCCUCUGAACCAGGAUAGCACAAGAGCCGUGAUGGCUCAGUUCUCCACGCAUGUGAUGACCCUGACUUGUUUGAGGGACAAGGAGAGGAGAUGCAAACUGAUUUUUCAAUGACUGUUUACCAACAAACAAAAAAAAGUCUGUUACUGAUUUUCAAGAGAUUCUGAGCUGUGUGACUGCUACCAAUAUUUACCGGGAUAUUUUCUUUAUUUUUCACAAGGCACUUUUCAGCAGUACACAAAAAGAAGCAGAAGGGAAUAAUAGUGCAGAGUGCAGGGUUUGAUUUUGGAUUAUAAUAUUAUUGCACUUUUCUCAGCUGAUCCUAAUUGUUUGCAGAGGUGAGGAAUACAGGUUUAGAAAGUAAAAAGCCAGUCCAGAGAUUAGUUCCAACCAUUGGGAUUUCCAGCUCCACAGCAUAGACUAAAAUAGACUGAGGAUGAGAGGAAACCAGGCAGGUUUUCACUUUCUGAAUCUGGAUUCCCCACCUCUGAUUAUUUGUGAUUCCGCAAUAAUCAAAGGGUUGAAGCUGGAUACUUUUAUAUUAGAGGGGGACUUCCUCCUCCAAGACAAUCAUGGAAAUGCUGUGAAAACAUGGUGGGACACAUACUGGUGCUUUUACUAAUGCAUUUCUGGCUCAUCUAAUUGCACACUGACUAACGUGGGACACAUUAAGCUCUGAGGAUUACUGGCCCUCUCGGGGAGCAACUAAGUCAGGGAUCUGCAAACUGUGACUCCGAAGCCGCAAGGUGCUCUUUGUAUUCCCACGAUGGCUCUUAAUAACUUUACCUAAAAAUGAUAAAGAACCAACAAAUGUUUUCAAUAUAGAUAAAAUAAGAAAUGUGGGUUUUAGUAGUUUUUCAGUUUUUUUUUCAUGCACUAGUUGCACUGAUUUACACAACACAAUGACACUAAAAGUACCAGUAAUGUGUUUUUAUAUCUAUUUGUCUUGUCAUGACUUUAAAAACUGUGCAUUUUUUUACAUCAUUUUCCAACAUCCUAAAAAAGUAAAUGUAUCCAUCCUCUUUUUGCAAAGGUUUUAUGGUUUUCUUUAUUUUAAGACCUUGACAUAGAAAUAAAAUUGUAGUUUUUAGUAAAAUGACAAUUCCCUAUGCACUGAUGUUCAAUACAUUAGAAUAUUAUUGAAAAGAUAAAUUAUUUCAGUAACUCAGCUCACUAAGUGAAACAUUAAUCUGAUUAAUUGCACACAAGCGGAUGUUUUAAAUUCUUUAUUUUUAAUGAUUUUCUGUUUACAGCUAAUGAAAACACAACAUUUAAGGCUAGAAUAUUGUAUUAAAAAAAAAAAAAAAAGAAAUUAGGUCCUAAUGAAAACUAUGAUCUAUUCCUGCUUAAUGGUUAUUAUUUUGAAAAGGUACUUUUAGUCUGACAAAGAAGUCUCAUUGGAACUGAUAUUAUAGUUUAUUGAAGAUGAAUGUGGUAGAUAUCUAUCAAAAAUUACAAGCUGUCUAUUUUCAAAAUGUAACAUCUGCUUUAUGCUAGCUGGACUGAGGGUAGAAAUUGUGUUUUGGAUUGGAAAGGUUUCCCACCCCUGAACUAAGUGUUGGAGCUCAUUAUGACAAUCCUCAUUCAGAGUUAUUGUAAACAAUUACUAAUUAUAACUUUAAUGUUAGAUUAAUUUUCACAUCAAAUAAACUGCUGUAUUUAAGUUA